AGAAGACAAAGGAAUACGAUGGAUUGAUAAGCGUAGUCACCGGCGCAGAGAGUUCUCGCGCGACGUUAGGACGCUACCGCCCUGACAUCACCAGUUGCCAUGGUAGCACCACCGAGAGUAAAAGGGGUGGUGCUAGACGUUUCGGGCAGAGCUCGGCCGCUGCGGAGGACCAGGAACUCUCCUUCUCCCUUCUCCCGCUAGUCUGACUUCUUCCAAAAUGAGCGGCCUGGAUGGGGGCAACAAGCUCCCUUUUGCCCAAACCGGCGGCCUGGCUGCUCCCGACCAUGCCUCAGGAGAUACGGACCUAGACCAGUGCCAAGGGCUCCAUGAAGAAACCGAGGCGACACAGGUGAUGGCGAACACAGGUGGGGGCAGCCUGGAGACCGUUGCGGAGGGAGGUGCAUCCCAGGAUCCUGUUGACCGUGGCCCCGCGCUCCGCGUCCCAGUUGCCGGGAGUCGCGGCGGUGCAGCGACCAAAGCCGGGCAGGAGGAUGCUCCGCCUUCCACGAAAGGUCUGGAAGCAGCCUCUGCCACCGAGGCUGCUGACAGCAGCCAGAAAAAUGGCUGUCAUCUUGCAGAGCCCCGUGGCCCUGCUGGGCAGAAGGCUCUAGAAGCCUGUGGCGCAGGGGGGUUGGGGUCUCAGAUGAUACCUGGGAAGAAGGCCAAGGAAGUGACGACUAAAAAGUGCGCCAUCUCAGCAGCAGUGGAAAAGGAGGGAGAAGCAGGGGCGGUGAUGGAGGAAAAGAAGGUAGUGCAGAAGGAAAAAAAGGUGGCAGGAGGGGUGAAAGAGGAGAUACGGCCCAGGGCCCCGAAGAUCAAUAACUGCAUGGACUCGCUGGAGGCCAUCGAUCAAGAGUUGUCAAACGUAAAUGCCCAGGCUGACAGGGCCUUCCUUCAGCUUGAGCGCAAGUUUGGCCGCAUGCGAAGGCUCCACAUGCAGCGCAGAAGUUUCAUUAUCCAGAAUAUCCCAGGUUUCUGGGUUACUGCCUUUCGAAACCACCCCCAGCUGUCACCUAUGAUCAGUGGCCAAGAUGAAGACAUGCUGAGGUACAUGAUCAAUUUGGAGGUGGAGGAGCUUAAACACCCCAGAGCAGGCUGCAAAUUCAAGUUCAUCUUUCAGGGCAACCCCUACUUCCGAAAUGAGGGGCUCGUCAAGGAAUAUGAACGCAGAUCCUCUGGCCGGGUGGUGUCUCUUUCCACUCCAAUCCGCUGGCACCGAGGCCAAGACCCCCAGGCUCAUAUCCACAGAAACCGGGAAGGGAACACUAUCCCUAGUUUCUUCAACUGGUUCUCAGACCACAGCCUUCUAGAAUUCGACAGAAUUGCAGAGAUUAUCAAAGGAGAACUGUGGCCCAAUCCCCUACAAUACUACCUGAUGGGUGAAGGGCCCCGUAGAGGAAUUCGAGGCCCACCAAGGCAGCCAGUGGAGAGCUCCAGAUCCUUCAGGUUCCAGUCUGGCUAAUCUCUUUCCUGUGAGAAGCUUCUGCACAAGUUUCCUUACCACCUUCUCUUGGACCUAUGCUUGGCCAACAGCAUGCAGUCUUCCGUCUGCUUUCUCUUCAUACUGUGGAUUAUCUUUUCCUUUGGUUCUUCUAAAUCUUCAGUAAUCAGUUGCAAGAUUGUUGGCUUACCUGCCUAUGCCAUUCUUCCUCUGGGCCUUCAUGCUUUUCUGCAUUGUGUUAACAUGUUUCAAGUGCAUGGCCUUCUACGGCUUCUAUGCCAAGCGUAUGAUACUACAGAUAUAGUGUACCAUACUGCCUUUCUUUGCAUGGCUUGGACCCUGUCUGUGACCAUGGUCUUCUCCCAGUUUAAGUGGUUCUGUACCACAAAGAAUCUUGAUACAUCUUCACAAAUAACUGAUUGGGCUUCAUACUUUAUGCUGGCUGUGUCCUGAUACCCAUGUACUUAUGGUAAGCUCUUUGGGUAUUACCACUGCAAGACAAAACUGUUAUCUUAACCUGGCCAUCAACCCAAAUUGGACAUUCCAGACUACCACCAACUGGAUCCCAGCUGCCUUCCUGGGCUUGUGCCAUCCACCCUACUGAUUAUCUGAUAGAACAAGCUGGUGGCUGAUGGGUGACUGCUAGGCGUGAAUGAGGUAAUAGAUGAAAAGUGUUCUAUGUUAUCACAUUGGUUUUCCUGUACCUUUGGUUACUCUACAUCAUGACCAGCUACUGGUGAGUAUGAAGCCUGUGCUAUAGCCCACCCCUACUUGCUCUCACCUUCUGGUUGAACUUUGCUUAGGCCACUGUUGUCUGCCUCAUCAGAAACUAUCUGUAGACAUAGCUCCCAGGGAGCUCACAGGAACACCCCCUACCACCAGGAUGGGCAGUCAUAUGUGACAGUGCCCAAAGCAAGGCUGGAAUGCAGUCCCAUCCAGCUUAGUCUUUCUGACUCAGCCAACAAACCAUCCUUAAUCUGAGCAACUUCUUUAGGCAUUUCCUCUUUUCCCCGCCUGCACCCACUCUGAACAUGACAAAAGUUGCCAGAGUUGGGGCAUUGAGGAAGAGAUAUUUCUGGAAUAUGAGACUUGUUAUGCCUCUCUCUCUGUCUCUUUCUUUCUCUCCCUCCCCCUCCCCCUCGCUGCCCCUCUCCCUUCCAUCCCUUCUUCCCUUUCAUUCUGAAGCAGUUUUAGCUUAUUAACAGAAAACAAAACUGGCAAAGCAUGCUUUUUGUUUAAUUUGCUCUUUCCCUGAUUGUGUUCAGAGAGAAAGUUUAUGAUUAAAUGGGCUCCAGAUCUCUUAUUGCCCUUAUUCCUCCACCCCACUUGUUUUAGCAAGGUCUGAAAGUUUCAAAGGGAGACCUAUAGGUUAAUUGUUUAGUUAUAGGCAGAGUUAAAUUAGGCAGAUUUUGACAUCUUUAUCUUUUUACCCCAUCCAUUCUACCAAAACCUGUGUAUUUCUUGAGCUUUUAGUUUGAGAAGCUGGAGAGAGAAGGGCCUCACAGUGAUGGGUUCAGGACGGGUCCUGAACAGGAUGUGAGCAAAGGCAACCAAAACUUAGCUUCACUCCACUUUUCUAAAGAUGGAAAUUCUUUUUUGGCCCUUGGACCGCUUGGAAAUGACCCUAGGGUAGCAUUUUGUAGGUCACUGUUCUCCUUUGUACUAUUUUGUUCUUGCCCUGAUGUCCCUUGGGUCUCCAUCCUACUGCCUGGCUUUCUUGGCUCUCAUUUCUCAGUUUCUGCAUUUCUUUCCCUGCUCCUAACAAAUGAAGAAGCAGGCUGCAGCCUGCAUUGUGGAAGAUCUCCAGCCUCCUUGUAGGGAAUAAGGGGAUGUGUAGCAUCUAUGUGGAUUUUCAGGGACAAGUUCCAGUAGGUGGGACAGUGAUGCUGUCAAGGCUGUCUUAGUUAUGAUCAUGUGUGGUGAUAAAGACCAUCCACCAUCACCCUUUUCCCCUUUGGUUUUGAAGGCCUUGCCCUAAGCUCCCUGAGGGUUUAGGAGGUCUGAAUACAUGCAGUGGAGAGGUUAGUCGAGGUUGGGAAACUGAGUAAAGUCCAGAGCAGAAAUGAGCCUGCUGUGGAGUGGGUUUGGAAAGGCCCACAGGAAAGACCCUGCAGGAUCAGGGGUGGCAGGGGAGGCCCCUGAGGUGCUCUCCAGGGAAGAGGGGCUGGGGUUUAAAUAGCAUGGUUGGAAGAAGAUUUUCCUUCAAUUUUUCCUAAGUCCUUGAAUUCACCAGUAGAUUUUUGUAAACAAAAUGUAAGUCUGGAUGUUUUCUCUCGAUUAUCCUAGGAGUGACCUUUAUAUGUGUGGAAGAUUAAUGGUAUAUGCUCCUUAUGUCACUGUUUUUGAGUAAAAUCCAUUUCCUUCCUCCGUUUCAGCCUAUGACAAAAUUGAUGUUUACAGGCCUGCUUUUUGCUUAUAAUUGACAUGUGCAAAAAUACCAAAUUUGUGUCCUAUGCAGUAUGAAGACUUCAGUGAAUAUACAUCAAUGUAUUAGCUUGUUUUGCUCUCUGUUCAAAUAUGGCUCUAUUCUUAGAAAUAUAAUUUGAAUGUGAUCUUUCAGUAGCCUGAAUAUUUUACAAAUUAUUGCUAUGUCUUGUGAAAAUAACCUCAAAAAGAAAAAUAUGACUCUGUUGUCUUACCUGGUAUUUCUUGCCCUAGUAAUGUACUUGACAUUUAUGUUCCUAAGCAGCAUAAGUACUAGUGGAAUUUCUCUGUCAAACUCAAUGAUCAUUAGUACUUUUGUCUUCUCCUAUGUGCUUGAAGGAAAAACAAAGUGUCACUAACGUAUUUCUUGUUUUCAUCAAAAAAUAAAAAUAAAUAAAAAAAUUCUGUGUUGUCUGGGUUAAUUUAAGGUUGGGAAAUCAUUAAAGUUAUCAAAUGAUACCAGUAACUAUCAUCCUGAAAGUUUAAAAAAAAAAAAAAGGCAACAGCCACCAAACCUUCCAAGAUUUUUCACCUGAAAAAUGGUAAAUAGGAGCCCAACUGCAACUGCAUACUCAUGAGCAUUAUUUUUUCUAUAUAACCAGUGCAGUUUUUGGUGGUAAUUGAAGCACCAUAUAGUAUCACUUAAAAUAUUGUUUUCAGUGGAAAACUUGUCUAUGCAGCAUCCUUGUUCAUUACAUUUAUUAUUAACUGUGCCUUCCGAGAUCUAAUAAGCUUAAGAUAGACUUUUGGAAGAAUUAAUUAUUAUGUAUUCUGUGAGUGCUACUUACAUUCUUUUCUUACACCAGUGUGUCGUUUUAAAAAGAAUACCAAGAAAAUAUGAAAUAAAAUGUCUAGAGACAAAUGAUACCAGGUAUCACAACUUUAAUUACCAGUAAUGAUAGUUUUGCUGUAUAGCAGCAAUUACAUGAAGGUUUAUUGGAUAAAUACCUCUGCAUUCUCUGCAGUAAGGAGGGCUUUGUGGAUGCUGCAAAAUCUGUGAAAAUGAAUUGCCAAGUAUUUGUAGCCAUCUGAGCAAAAAUUUGACAAAAAUGGCCCAAAAUUUCUCAUUUGAGUUAGAAACAAACAUACAGUUAAACAGAUGCUGACUCUUGGUGCAAUUAUUACUUGCAAUUUCUUGCUGAGGUAUUUUUUUCUAGGGCUGGAGAACUUUAAGUAUUAGAGAGCUAGGUUUUCUUCUGCAAGCUCUACAUCCGUCUUAAUCCUAAAUUCCUCUAACAAUGUUCAUUUUACCUUUUCAGUUUAGUGAUUGAUUUCUGCACUGUCAGCCACCUGUUUCAAACUUUAUUAUACCUUUUCUAUGCCUGUUCUGGAUGUAAUCAGAAAAUGUCAUUUUUCCUACACUUGGUUUAUUAUCUGCUUUAGUCUAACCAAUAGCAUUCACUCUAAUAGGCUGGCACCACUUAUUUGUUACAGAUUAGCAUGGUUUCUGUUCUGUUUAGCCUAAUAAAAUUAGUCAUUAAAUUA